AGGAUGAAGCUGCUGGGUGCUGUGUUGCUGGCUGCUGGCCUGCUCGGCACUGCUGCCCGGGGGGAGCAGCCCCCCUGGCCGGACGAGCCUUUGCGGACCUGCUUCUUCCAGAUGCUCAGCAGUGUGGACAGCGAGUUCUGCAGAGGGGAUUUAGAAAUUAUCUACCCGGAGCUGGGCGAUGUGGGCUGCACGUACAUCCCCAAGUGUCACCAGUACCGGCGGCGGAUCAGCAGGGAGUGGGGCAGCCCCCGUGUUCGGUACCCCCAGGCUGAGAAGAGCAAGAAGUACGUGCUGGUGCUGGUGGACCCCGACGCUCCCAGCAGAGCCAACCCCAGGAACCGUUUCUGGAGGCACUGGCUGGUCACCGACAUCCCAGGUGCAGAUCUGAGGACUGGGGCCAUCAAAGGGCGCGUGCUGACGGAUUACGUCCGGCCCACGCCCCCGCCCCGCAGCGGGUACCACCGCUACCAGCUCCGCCUGUACGAGCAGCCGGCUCACGAGGCCAUCGCCCUGAGCCCCGAGGAGCGGGUCUCGCUGGGCGCCUGGGCGAUGGAGAGCUUCGUGGAGCAGUUUCGGCUGGGCUCCCCGCUGGCCUCGACACAGUUCCUCACCAAAUACUACGAGGAUUAGCACCAGCCAGCGUGCUCUUCCCCUGCACAGCUGCAUCCCCUUCCCCGCACCUCAGAGCCACCUCCGCCCGGACCCGGAGGAGACCCCGGGACCCUCCGAGGACGCACCCACCCUUCUACCAGCCCAGAUUCACAGCAGAAACCCCAGAGCCUCCUCUUCCAAACCUCGGGGGGGCUUCUCUUUCCCUCCCAGGGUAACAUCCCAAGUGGUGUCCUGGCUUGCCCUGGGUGUCCCGGGAAGGAUGGUGUCACCCUCUUCUCCUCCCCUUGCCCCAUUUCUGGCCUGACCCCCAACAAGUCCCGCCUGCACCUCGGGGGUCUUGAGCUUUAAAGCCUGCAGC